UUGCUGCUCAAGGUUUAGGUCAUUAUUCUGGUAUUCAGUUGCUCGCAAACGUGAGCCAGCUGCCGGGGAAAAUCUAUCUGAAAACUUCGUGGACUCCUUGCAAUAUCCGUAAAGAAAGCAGAUCGUGACGUGUUUAUUUGGAUCUAACGACAAAAUAAAAUCUGUAUAAUUUCAACCUGUGAAGCUUUACAAUGUUAUCAAGAGCAAGUUGCAGACUCCAAGCAAUCAACAUCCAUUAUCGAAAUGCAGCUCUUCGAUUAUUCUCAUCGCAAGUACAUGCUAACAGUAUCGAUUUAACAGCAAACGAUUUUGAGAGGAAUUACGAAACCGCAUUACCUUAUUCUAAAAUUCCUGGACCAUCAGCAUUCACUUUUUUGAAAAACGCUCUACCCGCUGGAAAAUUAUUUGGCAAACCAUUUGAUGAAAUUAUAAAAGUAUACCGACGAGAAUAUGGAGACCUCUUCAAAUUCCCUUCGUUAUUUGGCAGUAUGGAAUUCGUUGCGACCCACAAACCUGAAGAUUUUCAAACAGUUUUCCGAACUGAAGGACAAUGGCCCGAAAGAAUGGGGUUGAAAACGAUGAUACAUUAUAGAACCAAAGUGCGUCCCGAUAUAUUCGGGAAACGUUCGGGAUUAGCAAAUGCUCAGGGUAAAGAAUGGGGCGAGUUUCGAUCAACUGUUAAUCCAGUGAUGAUGCAACCCAGAAAUACCAUGAUAUACAUCCCGAAGGUAGAUGCUGUUGCAGUCGACUUCGUGAAGAGAAUACAGCGAAUACGUGAUGCCAAAACAAAGGAAGUGCCUGAGAACUUCGAAAAUGAACUCAACAAAUGGGCAUUGGAAGCAGUGGCGGUAAUUGCUCUGGAUGCACAUCUCGGAUUGCUUGAUGAUAACUAUAAUAAAAGAAGUGCCAAAUUAAUUCAAGGAGCCAAAGAUUCUUUCAGGCUUAUGUUGGAAUUGGAAUUCAAACCAUCCCUCUGGCGCUUCAUCAGUACGCCGAAGUUCAAAAAAAUGAUAGAAGCUCUUGAUAUGGUCACAGAUAUCAGUUGCGAAAUUAUUGAAGAGGCCAGAGAAAGAUUCAGCAAUAAACGGGAAAGCUCCAAAAAUCACGAUGAAAGCGUACUUGAGAAACUACUUCAAAUCGAUCCAAUCCUCGCGAAACUGAUGGCAAUCGAUAUGCUUUUCGGAGGUAUAGAUACGACAUCUUCAGCGGUCACAAGUCUUUUGUACUUGCUCGCCAAAAAUCCAGAGAAGCAAGAAAUUCUUCGUCAAGAAAUUAUGACAAAACUUCCCACGAAAGAUUCGUUAUUGACCGCUGAAAACAUGAAGCACUUCCCUUAUUUACGAGCAUGUCUUAAGGAAAGUCUAAGGAUUCUCCCUACCGUAGGUGGGAAUAUUCGAACCGUUCCCCAGAAUAUAAUACUUCAGGGAUAUCAAAUUCCAAAAGGAACCGCAGUAUCGAUGGGGACUAGUAUUCUACUCCGUGAAGAUGAACAUUUCCCAAAUGCGAAGAAAUAUGAACCCGAAAGAUGGCUGAAAAAGGAUGGCGUACCAGCUCCUGCCAAGUCUGCCCACCCAUAUAUUUUUUUGCCGUUCGGCUUCGGACCACGUAUGUGUGUUGGAAAACGAUUUGCAGAAAUGGAGAUAGAAACACUUGUAACACGAAUCAUACGGAAUUUCCAGGUUGAGUGGCAUCAUCCAGACUUGAAAUUUAAAUUUAUCUCUGUCAACGUGCCCGCUGAUAAUUUAUUAUUUACUUUCAAAGAUAUUUAGAAAUAAAGAAUGAA